UUGGUAGUAUGUUCUUUGACUCAUAACCAAUGUGUAGCCAGCUCUGUUACGGUCAGGUUUUUACUGUUAGAUUGUCGCUAUAGUAUUAUACCUUUAUUGUUGUAAUUGUUACACCAGGCGUUAUUUGUGUCCUAGGAAUAUUUUUUAUAGUUAUGGUAAAGAUUUAAGGGUAAAUCGCUGGCGCUGAACCAGCUGGUCCGAUAUGCUUUCACUUAGACUUUCUGCGGGAUAACGUAAGGCGGACCUGGCUCACUGAACCCUCCAUCUUAAACUGCCCAGGCCCGAUACGUUCUGUUUGCUGCCAAAAUCCAGAAGCUUGUUCCUGCCGCCAGUCUUUCUUUGUGCCUGUGUCAACUAUGGAGACCACUCAGGUGACUUUGGCUGUCAGAGGAGAAACAUCCGCAGGGGAGGUGAUUGCAGUUGUUGGGAGUUGUGAAGCCCUCGGAAGCUGGGGCCAUCAAAGAGCUGUGAUCUUACAUCCACAUGGGAAUGAUGGAAAUGUGUGGACUACAACGAUCACUGUGCCUAAAGGAGUUGUGUCCAAGUACCGCUAUCUCAAGGGCUUCUUUCUGGAGUCAAAGAGUGCAGGUGGUCCCUUUCAAGUGAUAGUCAAUAUGUGGGAGACCCAUCAACAACCCCGCAUGAUGAGCCCCACAGCAUCACACCAGCAUAUUGACGAUGGACAAUUUGGAAUUCACAACGGGGUGACUUGUGUUGACUCUGGGUGGCUCACGUGCCAAACAGAGAUUCGCCUGCGUUUGCACUAUUCUAAGACGUCUCCAGUGUCCAUCACCAAGAAGAAAUUCAAGAAGUCUCGCUUCAGAAUCAAGCUGACAUUAGAGGGCUUUGAGGAGGAGGAUGAAGAUGAGGAGGAAGAGAAACUUAGUCCGUCAUCUUUGCUCAAGGAGACCACCACUCUGGAGAUCAGCAUGAUCAGUGCCAACGGCUAUAAGUCGCGCCACUCGCAGCCUGAAUGUGGGUAUGCAAUGGAGCCCUCCCAGUGGACCGAGUACAGUAUCCACACCAUGGACCCAUACAACCUGGAGCUCACCUUUGAGUUCUUUGAGGAGGAUAUGGGUGAGCACGUCGUCCAGGGGGAUGCUCAUCCAGGAUUUGUGGGCACAGCUUGCCUCCUCUCCUCCUCUUUCGCAGAGAGCGGUAAGGACUUCGGAGUGGCCACACUUCCCAUAAUGGGUCGAAAUUCCAGACAGACCAUCGGAAAAGUCAGAGUGGAUUACCUGGUGAUUCGUCCGAUCCAGGGAUUGCAGUGUGACAUGAGCUCCUCCUUCACCAAGUACUGGAAGAAAAGAAGUACUCUGGAUGUGGGCCACAGAGGAGCCGGCAGCUCACACGCUGCCAAGCAUCACAGAGUCAGGGAAAACACAAUUGCCUCAUUCAAAAGCGCUGCCAACCAUGGUGCAGCCUACGUAGAGUUUGAUGUUCACCUCUCCAAGGAUUCAGUUCCUAUUGUAUACCAUGAUCUGACGUGCUGCAUAUCCACCAAGAAGAAAAAUGACAAGACGUCUCUGGAGCUUAUUGAGGUUCCAGUCAAAGACUUGACUUAUGAUCAGCUGCAGCUUCUGAAGCUGGCCCGUGCAACUGCGAUAAAAGAAAACGAUGACAAAGAUCUUCUGGACGAUGAAGAAGAAGUUGAUGAGCAUCAGCCGUUCCCUUCACUCACACAGAUCUUCCAAGCUAUUCCGGAGCACGUGGGCUUCAACAUUGAGCUCAAAUGGAUCAGCCAGAUGAAGGACGGGUCAUGGGAUGGCAACCUAUCAUCCUACUUCAACAUGAAUACCUACCUCGACAUCAUUCUGUCCUGUGUUCUGCAGAGAGGCGGGAAAAGACGCAUCGUCUUCUCCUGCUUCGACCCAGAUAUCUGCACCAUGGUGCGUCAAAAGCAGAACAAAUACCCUAUCCUCUUCCUGACUCAGGGAAUUUCAGAGAAGUACCCUGAACUGAUGGACAUCCGCUGCCAGACCACUCAGAUCGCCAUAAGUUUUGCCCAGAGUGAGAAUAUCAUGGGGAUCAGUGCCCACACUGAGGAGCUGCUGAAGAACCUUUCCUACAUUGGGAAUGCCCAGUCUAAAGGCCUGGUGGUGUUCAGCUGGGGAGAGGACAACAACGAGCAUGAGACCAGAAGGAAGCUGAGAGAGCAGGGAAUUGACGGGCUCAUCUAUGAUAGUAUCUGUGAUGAGAAGGGGGAGGAACCAAACAUCUUUCAGGUAGAGGAGCAGCACACACUGCAGGAGGUUAUUACAGACGAGACCCGAAACAGCUCCACAUGUUCCUGCUACUCUUUUCCCUGCUCCAUGGCUCCCUGCAUUGCUUCCAAGGCCCGUUCUGGCAGCGCCGAGUCCGAUUCCGGCCUCAGCUCUUCUUAAAUGAGAUCUUACAAACAAACCACAGAUUCAAACUAUUGUCUUGCAUCUUCACAAAGGUUUUUGUUAUUUAUGCUUUCUAUUGAAAUAGGUGGAAGUUUUGCCAAAACAUUGUAAGGCAGCCAUGUUUAUAUUUUUUCAGAAUAGUCUUUACACAGUAGUGGAACAUUGGGAAAUCUUUCAUGACGGUGGAUAUUUAUUUAGCUAGGACGUUGCAUAGCUUCAUAGUCUAAGUGCUCAAAUUUGAACGCAUAUGAUAUUUUACGGGUGAAACAGAACUGCAAAAUUAAGUCGUAAAAUUCAUAAUGAUGAAGCGUAAUGCUAUUUUCUGUUUCUGCUGUAAUGUCUUUUCUGUGCAUGUAGCCAUUACUUUAAAAGUGUUAUUUUUAUUGUCUCGAGUCUCAAUGAGCAAUUGCUACAGGUUGCUAUUUCAGGUUCAGCGCAUAAAUCAUUUGGGAGGUGCAGGUUCGCAUUAAUAAAUGUGCACCUCUUUGUGGAUAGUCUAAGGCAAGUAGAAGAAGCCUGCAUGAGUGAUUCAUUUCCUUUUCAGUGGACAGUUAAAAGCACUCCUACUUUCUACGCCAACUGCUUAUUGUCUUUGAAGAACUCAUAGCUAUUGUAUUGUAAAUGACAUUCUGGAUGCACUAUAUCCUUAAUUCUUUCUAUCUACUUGAUUUGA